CAAAGCGUACCGAGAUAAACGAUGCUACAGAUUAAAUCCUACUGGUAUUUAAAGGCCGCUUUGGCGCUUCAAGGUUUCAGUGUGCGAAGUGUAGCAAGGUUAAAUCGACAAUGUGGACGAGUCUAAUUGUAUCACUGCUCCUGGUCCAAUGCCUGCUUGCCGGGGCAGCGCCUGCGCUAAAGGAUCUGGACGCGGGCACCUGGAGUGCGGAAGAGGCGUGUCAGAAUGUGGAUAAGUCGGUCAUAAUAGCGAACCAGAAUGACUCCACAUGCGCUACUUUCGUCUAUUGUUAUAAAGUCGAUGACUCAACGAGGGCUCUAAUCAAAAGCUGCAAGAGCGGACAAUUUUUUGAUGCCGAUCUCGAAUUCUGCAGUGUCAGCAAACCAGCUGGAUGUGUCUAAUGUGUGG